AUGGCAUCCUUCCAAAACAAAGCAAUAGCAAUUACAGGUGGCGCAUCAGGCAUCGGCCUUUCCCUCGCCAGACUCCUCGCCCAACGGGGUGCCAAGCUCAGCAUAGCGGACGUAUCACAACAGAACCUCGACAACGCCUCUUCAACGCUAAGGGAGCACACGUCAAGCUCAGACGACGUCUUGGCCACGAAAUGUGAUGUCCGCGACUACUCAUCCGUACAGCACUGGCUCCAAGCGACCGUUGAGAAAUUCGGGCAGAUCGACGGCGCGGCGAAUUUGGCGGGAGUGUUCAAGAGGGCAGAGCUGACGGCUACGGAGGCGGAUAUGUGGGAUUUUAUCAUUGGAGUAAAUCUGACUGGUGUAAUGCACUGCCUCAAAGCCGAGCUCAACAUCAUGAAGAAAGGCUCCAGUAUCGUCAACGCAGCCUCGAUCGCAGGUCUUCGUGGCCAGGCUGGGAGUGGAGCAUAUGCAGCAUCCAAGCACGGAGUCAUCGGCCUGACUAGGGUUGCAGCUGUCGAAAGUGGUCCGAAGGGUAUCCGUGUCAAUGCGGUGGCGCCGGGCUAUAUCAACACUCCAAUGCUGGACCAGGCGACCGGAGGUGCCAACAUCCAGGAAGGUCUCGACAAGGUGCCGAUUUCGAGGAAAGCUGACCCGGAGGAAGUCGCAAAGGUCAUUGCAUUCCUGCUAUCAGAUGAGAGCUCUUUCGUGACGGGUGCAAUAUACAGUGUCGAUGGUGGGUGGAACACCUAG